AACUGCAAGACACGUAGUUUUGAUAUCGAAAUUAUAUCAUCAGCUAUGCCAAAUUGCCAAAUUUAUGAAACACGAAUGUUUAAUAUUAGAAGCCAGUUGGUGUAGCAGUAUUCCUUAAUUCAUACUACCUGUUAGAAAAUUUGCGAAAAGAAUUGAAGAAGAUUUAAAAACUGGAAGAAAAUACAAAAUACCGUUUAUUAUCUUUUUGCGGUUAAACUUUUUAUCAAUUCACUGCAGAAUAUCAGAUGCCAAUGGAAUGAAUGCAACUUCCGGCAGUAACACAAGAUGGCUUCUAGGAGGAAGACCGCCGAGGAUAAAAAUACUAAACUGUUACGAGAACUUGCUUCUCUGCCAUACAAUAAACAAUGUUUCGAUUGCCUUCAAAGAGGACCAACAUAUAUAAAUGUUACGAUUGGUUCUUUUGUAUGUACAACUUGCAGUGGGAUAUUGAGAGGAUUAACACCUCCUCAUCGAGUAAAAUCGAUAUCUAUGACAACAUUUACUCCGGAAGAAAUAGAACAUCUGAAAAGUAGAGGUAAUGAGUAUUGCAAGUAUGUCUGGUUGGGUACAUAUGAUACUGUCACAAAUAGCCUUGAAAGUGAAGUGAGUGAUGAUCAAAAGAAAAGGGACUUUAUGGUACAGAAAUAUGAAAAAAAAAGGUGGUAUGUAGACCCAGAUAUAGCUGUGAAAAAAAUGCAGGCUGAUCAAUUGACACGUCAGAAGAACUCGGUGGUACAACCUCAAAUUCAAGGCAUGAGAACGGGUACUCUUCCUGAGACUCAACCAUUAUCUCGUCUGUUGGGUAAAAGUCCAACGCCUCUUGUUGUUCAGACUACUCAGCCUGUUGAUGUGUGGCCUCAUCCUGUAUCAUCUGCUUCUGCUCCAGCCAUAAGCACAAAGACAACAACUCAGAAUCAAGGCAGCCGGUCUAUCGACCUACUUUCUGAAUUAGCUGGAAAUAGUACGCCUAAUACACAGGUUCAGUCAUCUAGUGCUUCAACAGCUAAUGGGAAUUUUGCCAAUUUUGAAACUGCUUUCAACUCGGUAGAAAAAUCAGGUUGGACUUCUUUUGACGAUGACCUUGAUCCUCUUUCUUCUACUGCCAUCUCUCGCUCCUUGACUUUAGGAAAAGACUCUUUUUCUCGGGUGGGUACUUAUUCUACGGCCAUGCCUCGACCUCUGAGCCUUCCAACUUUUGCUCCCACAAAUCCUUUCAAAUCAUCUCCUCUUAUUAGUUCUGGUAAUACAUCAACACCUUCUCAGUGGCCAUCUUUUACAGCUAGCAGUACUGCAGCUCCUACAGCAAACUUGCCAUCUUCGGCAAGUUUGGAUACUUACCCUAUGCAGUCACGGCAAGAACCGGCAGUUAAUACUUUCAGUCCUCCUUUACCUAAAGUGACAACUACUGCAGUGACAGCCACACAGCAGACUAAUGCCGAUCGUUAUGCAGCACUAGCAGAUUUAGAUAGCUUGUUUCAUCAGCCGGCUUCAACAAAAGCACCAAGCUGGACAGUAGAAACUUCAAGUUCUGGAUCAUUUUUUGAUGUACCUGCGUCAAAUCAUGGGAAUAGUACUUUCAGUAUAGCACCUUCUAAUCCCUUUACAUCGACAGAGUUAUGGAAUCAAACACAAGUUACAAAAACACAAACUUUUCAAUCUGCUAACCCAUUCCAGAGUUCUUCAGAAAGUGGUAUUCCAUACUGUCAGAUAACCAACAGUCAAGUAUAUGCCCCAUUUCCUAUACCUAUGGUGGGUAAUAGUCCAAGUGAUGAUGGUGUGCGUAACCAGUUUAAUGCCAAUUUUUCUGCUUUUCCAACUCAAGUUUUGACUAGUCCAACAAAUGGGUAUGGAACAAAUCAGAUGCUUUUGCAGAAUGGUGGAUUCACUUCUCCAACUCCUGGUACGACAUCAUGGGGUAUUCCAUCAAGCAUACCACAGUGGUCUUCUAGUCAUCUUGGGCAAGGUGGUCUGUUUUCUAGUGAGAAGUCUGUGGAACCUGCACAGCAUUCUGAUUGGAUUCAAAAUCCUGUUAAUCCUUUUAUGGCAUCAUCUAGCAAUUUAGGAUUUCCAGUAGCUCCUAGGAACAACUCUAGUAAUCCUUUUCUAUGACACUUACAUCCUUGAAGAACAAGCACAAGCUAUGCCAUUUGGAGUGCCCAUAAGUUUCCAGCUGUCUUAUGGCACUUCCUGCAAAUUUUAAAGCACAACUUAUCUACUAAAAUCAGAUCUAAUAUUAAGUUACAAAUGUUAUUUAAUAGAGAAUGAAUGAUUUGAGAAUGAAUGUUCUAAAUAUAUAAUUACCUAUCAAAUUGUAUGCAUAUGUACAGUAUAUACCUUUUUCUGUAUAUUCCUCCUAUAAAUUUAUAUUAAUCCUUAGUACAAUGCUUUGCAUUUUUCUAGUCUCUGCUUGUAUUUACUUUUAAUUUACGUGUCAUAUAAUAUUUUAGAAUACUUGAUACUAAUGAAAAAAUAUUUAAAGUU